AUGAAUUUCCAUCACCCCGCGGCACGCGUUGACUCGAUGCCCGCAGAUGCAUUCUACAUACCGGAUUUCAUUUCGGAAGACGAGGAGACCAAGUUACUCCAAAAGGUCCAAUCAGCUCCCCUCCCACGCUGGACUCAUCUCUCUCAUCGUCGACUCCAAACGUGGCCAUCGACACUCACCAAAUCCGACACUCUGCUCUUAUCACCGCUACCACCAUGGUUAACAGAUCCCAUCAUCCACCGCUUUAAUGAACUCAACAUCUUUGCCGAUGCUCCACAUGGCGCACCGAAUCAUGUCCUGGUAAAUGAAUACCAGUCAGGCCAGGGCAUCAUGCCCCAUGAGGACGGCUCAGCAUACUACCCCCUGGUAGCUACUGUAAGCCUGGGCGCACCUAUCGUGCUUAACUUAUAUGAGAAGAACGGCAAUUGCAAUGGAAAGGAGAGCCACAUGUCUAUGAAUAUACCACCUCAUGGCAAACCGCGUUUUCGUAUCCUACAGGAACGACGGAGUCUGUUAGUUAUGAGACAGCACAUAUACACAGAUUUCCUACAUGGCAUUGCGGAGACAGCUAUUGACGAGGAUUUGGGUCCACACUCUAUCUGUAAUUGGGAUUCUUUGCGAGAGAAGGAUUCAUAUAGUGCUGGGUGGUACUCACGGGAGACGAGGACGAGUCUGACAUAUCGGGAUGUACUCAAGGUUGCCAAGAUUGGAGAUACUUUGAAGUUUUUAGGUGGGCCAAGCUGA